AUGACGCACAAGUAUAUUGACUUCUCUCUAUUCUCUUAUCUUUUAUCGGCACUAAAUCUUAAUUCUUUAAAGUUUAGUGAAGCUAAUCAAAUGACAAAUAUCACAAAACUUGAGUUUGUUGCAUUUCACAUCUCUGGCAAAAUUUAUUUAUCAUCAGUACUUGAUACUGAUGUCCAUCUUGUCUCAAAAGAUUUUAGAGAGACAAUAAAAAAAGGAAAUAAAAAAUUUCUGCAGGAUCAUGCAAAAACACUCAUCUUCCUUCGUCGUUAUCUUCACGAUGGACUAAAAAUUGAAUAUCUCAUUAAGAAAGAUCCACAGUCCUCCCCCGAAGCCCGCUAUGAGUGGAUGCACUUUCGUUUGCAAGACUUUGGAACUAUUAAUGAGUACAAUUUUGAACUAUUUCGAAUAUGUUCAAAAUUGAUAUUAUGUGGAGAAAAAAUAACUGAUAAAGUGUUCCUGCAGCAGUAA